GUGUUUGCGUGUUUGAGAGGAGAGCUGGGCGUGGCUUCACCCGGUGCGGGUCAUUUUAGUGAGGAAAACUGGGCGUGGCUACACCCGGUGCAGGUCCUUUUAGUGUCUACUCGUUCUUGCCUCAGGUUGCCCGCUACCGAUCUCCGCAGAAUAUAACGGCAGAACUCGCCAUGUCGUCAGACGAAGGGAAGCUAUUUGUCGGUGGUAUCAGUUUUGACACAACUGAACAGUCACUCGAAGACGUAUUUUCCAAAUAUGGUCCCAUCAGUGAAGUUGUUAUCAUCAAGCACAGGGAGACGCAGAGGUCCAGAGGCUUCGGCUUUAUCACCUUUGAGAAUCCCGAAGAUGCUAAGGAUGCUAUGAUCGCCAUGAAUGGAAAGUCCCUGGACGGUAGGCCGAUUCGCGUGGAUCAAGCCGGAAACUCCGGUGGUGGAAGUCGUUCCGGUGGAUACAGGGGGGGCAACAGCGGCGGCGGCGGCGGCGGUGACGGUGGCGGCUACAGGGGGGGACGCGGUGGCGGAGGAGGACGUGGACGUGGAUUCUCGUAUGGCAGUGGUGGUGGAGACAGAAGCUACAGUGGUGGUGGAGGUGGUGGAAGAGCACAAGGUGGCGGAUACGGUGAACGCUCAGGAGGAUUCGGUGCUGUGGUCACUGACGCCCACUGAGGCCACCUGUAGUUGAAAUUUGUUGGAAGAAACAAUAUGUUGACGGUCCAGUUUAGCACUACUGCUGAGUGGGUGCUACGGUAGGCUGUCUGCAGUCUGCAGCGACCGCCCGCGUUGAGUUACCCAAUAUCCAGGGUUCCUUACGAUGGUGACGAUGGUGGUUGGUAGCUCAGCUAAGUGGGUGUCGGUCUCCUAGGCAACACCCAUGUUCGCCCCCUCCCGCCCGCUCCCCCCCCCCCCCCCCCAACCCUUUCUCGCCUGCAACCCCCAUUUGAAUGACAGCGGACCUAGCUGGAAAUUCCGUUCUAGCGCAUCAACGAAAGAAAAAAACGAAACCAAUUCCAUAGAUAAAGAGCAGUCCUGGAUGAGUUCAGGGGAAGGUUGGCUCCCACGUCGAGCCGUCCUCACAGGUCCUUCUCCAAGUUUUUAUAACUUUUUUUUUUCUUCUUUUUGUUCCCAUCAGGCAGUCUCAUUUUUCUAAUUGAUCUUAAUAGAACACGUUUUAUGUUAUGCCUCAUUUUAUAUUAAAAAGAACAUGUUUUGAGUUAUGCGUCACUUUAUAGCGUUUGGUCUCCCAUGGCCCGGGCCCAGUCACACGUUGGUUCAGGCAGAGACGAGAGCCUCGGAGGGGAGGGAAUAUAUCUCGGCUGAAGAAUUGUCAUCUGUUAGGUGGUUUCGUAGCGCCCAUGGUCUCCCUAAUGAAGAAGGGGAAUUCAGCACUGUCCUUGUUUGCACUUUCUGUGCAAGGGAAUACAAGAGGACGAGGAAAUAAAUACGCUUUUAAAGACUUUUUUUUUAUUUUCUUAAUAGUCCAGUAAGUUCUUGCACUGGUUAAUUUGGUCACUGUCCUUCUUGGUUAGUUCUGUUACUUCUUGACUCGUCUGGAAAAUACACGAGUUUUAAUGUUCUCAUCAAUGCAUUUUUUUGUGCAUGCUUACAUUUUGUUUAUUUUUCCAAAAUAAAAUCCCUUAUGAAUGUU